AUUACAUAUUAUAAUAGGUUAUGGAGGGGUUAAAGGUAAAAAUACAAACUUAAUUUUAGAUUGUAAAUGGUCUGCCCACAUCAAACCCACACAUGCCUCAUUGGCUAUUGCACCAUUGCCUCUUAUGACUUAUUGCAUAUAAACAUAAUAUAUAAUGUAGACAUGUAGGUAGUUAUUAUUUUUUUUUUAGUGAAUCCUGCUGUAUAUUUGGGCAUAUCUGGCUAUGUUAAUAAACAUUUUUUUUUAAAAACAACACAGUUUUUUAGUAGGUAUCACAAUAAUUUUAUUUUAUUUUGAACACAUUUUUCAUGGAUCAAGAAGAAGAAAUAUCUCAAACAUCAACAUGUGAUGUUGCAGCAUCCAAGAGUUUGAAUUGUGUGAUUUAUGUUAGUCACUUGUUGGAUAAUGAACAUGUUCAAAAGAAUCAAAAAUCUGUAAUUGUCGACAGACGUGUGAUCAAACAUUAUGGCCGCAGGAUGAAAUUGAACUGCAGACAUGGGUAUAAUAUUUUAAUACUGCAAAAUGGAGAAGUAUCCAGUUCUGAUGAUGACAUAGACAGCAAUUGUAUAAUGGAAUUCACAUCAAUGUCUCCUGGUCAUGUUCGUAUUAGAGGAGUUGAAGCAAAUUUGUUUUUGGCUAUGAAUAAAGAUGGACUUCUUUAUGGAGAAGCUGAUCCUAAUAAUAAUUCAACAAUUUUCAUCGAACAACCAGAAGGUCCUUACAGUGCAUACCUAUCUUUGAAAUAUCAACGAAAAAAAUGGUAUGUGGCUAUAAAAAAAAAUGGCAAAAUAAAAUUAGGUCCAACAACUAAAAGAGGACAACAUGCUACACAUUUUUUAACAAUUGUUGUAUAGGUAAUAUUCAUAAUACAUUCUUCAAUUUUUAUAAAUACAUUUAUAAUAUUUUAGAAUAAAAUAUAUCAAUAGGUACCUAUAAUAUACAAAUUGGCUAUUUAUUGUAUAGAACAUUUAUAUAUAAAUACUAUAUUAUACACUGUAGUAAACUUUUAAUCUAGUUCUUUUUGAAAUUCAUAACAUUUAUUUUUAAGUAAAAUUUUAUUUUAUAAAGUACACAAUACAGGUAUAACAUUAUUUUUUACAUUUAUUAUAUAAAAACAGUAUUAAACAAUAAUAGUUAUUUAUUGUGUCGAAGUCUAAGCACUUUAAAGCCAAUGCAAUAAAGGCUAAGCUAGUAUUAUAAUGUUACUACUUUAAGUAUUAUUAAACUAGUCAGUAUAUUAUUUACCUUGUGUUGAAAGAUUCCUCAUUAUGUUAUUAAAAUAAAUAAAUACAAUUUUUUUUUUUAAAAUAGAAAAA